UUCCAGGAGGAGCAGCUCAGGAGGGAGCUGGAGGAACGCCGGAGGUUUCCGCUGGAGCAGCGGCUGAAGGAGCACAUCAUCGGGCAGGAGAGCGCAAUAGCCACAGUGGGAGCAGCGAUCCGGAGGAAGGAAAAUGGCUGGUACGACGAGGAGCACCCGCUGGUCUUUCUUUUCUUGGGAUCAUCUGGAAUAGGUAAAACCGAGCUGGCCAAGCAGACGGCCAAGUACAUCCAUAAGGACGUCAAAAAGGGUUUCAUCAGACUGGACAUGUCGGAGUUCCAGGAGAGGCACGAGGUGGCCAAGUUUAUCGGCUCCCCUCCGGGCUACGUGGGCCACGAAGAGGGCGGGCAGCUCACCAAAAAGCUGAGACAGUGCCCGAACGCCGUGGUGCUCUUUGACGAGGUCGACAAAGCCCACCCAGAUGUCCUCACCAUCAUGCUGCAGCUGUUCGAUGAGGGCAGGCUGACGGACGGGAAGGGCAAAACCAUUGACUGCAAGGAUGCCAUCUUCAUCAUGACCUCCAACGUGGCGAGCGAGGAGAUCGCCCAGCACGCCCUGCAGCUCCGGCAAGAGGCCGCGGAGAUGAGCAAGAACAGGAUCGCGGAAAACUUAGAGGACGUCCAGAUGACCGACAAGAUAACCAUCUCCAAGCAGUUCAAGGAAAAGGUUAUUCGACCCAUCUUGAAGGCUCACUUCAGGCGGGACGAGUUCCUGGGAAGGAUCAAUGAGAUUGUCUAUUUUCUCCCUUUUUGCCACUCGGAGCUCAUCCAGCUUGUCAACAAGGAGCUGAAUUUUUGGGCCAAGAAGGCCAAGGCGAGGCACAACAUCACCCUGCUCUGGGACAGGGAGGUCAUGGACGUGCUGGCCGACGGCUACAACUUGCACUACGGCGCCCGCUCAAUCAAACACGAGGUCGAGCGGCGAGUUGUGAACCAGCUGGCAGCCGCCUACGAGCAGGACCUGCUGCCCAGGGGCUGCACCCUGAGGAUCACGGUAGAGGACUCGGACAAGCAGCUGCUGAAAACCAAGGAGAGCUCUUCCCCCGGUGAGGGAAAAAUAAAGGUGCCCACCCUGCGGUUGGAGAUAGUGGAGAAAGACAGCAAAUCCCGAAAACUGGACAUCCAAGCGCCUCUGAACCCGGAGAACAUGACUUACUUCUUGUAG